CAGCCAGCAGAUGGGAAGUGGGGCGUACUCGAAAAUGGUCGAUGGAAUGGGAUCGUCGGUCAACUGAGCAGAAGGGAGGUGGAUAUUGCAGCUGUCGACUUAUCCGUGCAGCAUGCACGAGCCCAGGACAUUGACUUCAUCUUCCCAUCGUUUAACUAUGACAGACUGGACAUCAUAUACAAGAAGGGACCCGAUUCUACCGGACAUCUUUUUUUCUUUACCAAACCCCUUCAGCCAGGCAUUUAUCUCAUAUACUUUGCUGUAACUGUUGGAUUGCUAAUGUUAUUCUUUUUAGUGGAACACCACUGCUUUCCCCUGCAUGAACCGAUUUGUGCAGCGGCACCAGCUGUUUGUCGGCAGGUUGCAGGCAUAGCCUGGGAGUUUGCUGGCUCUGUAUUCAGACAAGGAUUUCAAACACAACCAAGAAAAAAUGCCGCGCGGAUACUUCUCGCCUCAUCUUGGAUAUUAACAAUCCUCAUCUCGACCAUAUAUUGCGCUAAUCUCAUGGCUGCCCUCACAGAAGUUACAGAUACGUCAGCGAUAUCCAGCAUCAACGACCUUGUCGACAGCAACUACAGCACUGGGAUGCUUAAUUCCGGUACACCAUAUGAUGUCCUACGGGUAAAUCGAAACGUUUCCUUACAAUCAAGAAAAAGUUAUGUUAUCGUUGUUUUGUCCAUUCAUACAUCUAGUCGGUUACCGUAG